GUCACGCUGCAGUAUAUAUUGAAGGAAGCCGGAAAGCCAGGCACAGUUCGGCUCCCUCCCGUUCAGCGACAUGAAGACUCUGGUUGUUUUGGCAGUGAUGGUGGCGGCCACCGCCCAUCAGGCCUACGGCAUCCCUGUACCCGGCACUCUCUCCCACGGCACCCACGCCUACGGCUAUGGGCAGGCGCCCUACGUGGGUCCGCUGGCUUCCAGUGUUCCUGCCGGCAUCGGCGGUAAAGUCAUCCCUGUCUCGGACACCUACGAGGUGGCGGCCGCCCGUGACCAGUUCUUCAGAGCCUACCAGGACCAGCUGAACACCAUCUAUGCCAUCCGCGCCAGCCGCCCCGCUUACCACGAUGCCCACGGCCACGGACACCACGGCUCUGCAGGCGCUGUUCAUGUGUCCCACGGAGCCCACUCCUCUUAUGGUACCCCUGCUGUGCACACCCCCGUUGUGCACACUUCCCACGCCGUGCACGCCCCCGCUGUGCACACCUCCCACGCCGUGCACUCCGUUCCCGCCGUGCACAAGUCCCACGCCGUGCACGCCCCCGUUGUGCACACUUCCCACGCCGUGCAUGCUCCUGCAGUGCACACCUCUCAUGCUGUGCACCACAAUUAUUAAAACAACAGUAAAGCAGGAACACGUCGAAAGUAGCGGCUUUCAGACUGAGUUCUUUUCGACGUAGCAAACUGACAAAUCCCUCUUUGCUGCCAGAACACUAUUACAACUGACGUCUCCGCCACCACACCCGAUCUUGUCAAGUAUGUGUAUACACAUGUCAUUAAAAAAUAAACCUGCCUCAUGCACU